AUGCGCUGGACGAGCUUCAGGAGUAGAGGAGAUGGCCAGGAUACAGCUGGGCCCAGCAAGCACCCCAGAGCUGCUCUGGCCACGCUGCGCUGUGCCGCGCUCACCGGCGGCUGUCUUCCAGUGUCGGCCAACGAAGGGGACGCCUAUCCUCUGGGGGCUCUGCCUGUGGGCACGCUGAUCUGCAACUUGGAGAGCCACCCCGGGAAGGGGGCGCAGUACAUCCGGGCAGCUGGGACUUGCGGGGUGCUGCUGAGGAAGGUGAAUGGGACGGCCAUCGUGCAGCUGCCCUCCAAGAGGCACAUGCAGGUGCUGGAGACCUGUGUGGCCACAGUGGGCCGCGUGUCCAACGUCGACCACAACAAGAGGGUGAUCGGGAAGGCGGGCCGGAACCGCUGGCUGGGCAAACGCCCGCACACGGGCUUGUGGCAUCGUAAGGGUGGUUGGGCUGGACGCAAGAUCAAGCCUCUCCCACCCAUGAAGAGCUAUGUCAACCUGCCCCGGGCUGCGGCGCAGGAGUGAGAUGGAGGCCAAUAAAGUGUCCUUCACCCUA